GGGUGAUCUCCCAACAAACAGCUGUUGCAGCUGCAGAGAGGAAAAAGGAGAAAGCUCAGGAGCAGCAGCAGCAAUCCGACCCCUGCAACAGCUUUACCAUGAACAUGUAUCUGUUUGUGUAUGACUUAGUGCAGUUCUGUGGACAUUCUUGGAUAUUUACAAAUAUGAUCAUCAGGUUCGUGACAUUUGGAAAAGAUUCACUGGCUGACACAUUUCACUCCAUAGGACUUGUAAUGCGCCUUUGCCAGUUGUUAUCUGUAUUGGAGAUCCUACACAUCCUCAUUGGCAUUGACAAAAGCCGUCUCCUCCCCAGGUUUUUGCAGAUCACUGAGAGAAUAAUUAUUUUAUUUGUCGUGAUCAACAGUCAGGAAGAAGUUCAAGGGAAAUAUGUCGUCUGUGUUUUAUUUUUCCUUUGGAAUUUAUUGGAUGUGGUCAGGUACACUUACAAUAUGCUGGCAAGGAUGGGCAUAUACUACCUACCACUAACAUGGCUCAACUUCUCAUUGUGCAUCCCACUUUAUCCCCUUUCAGUUCUGGCUAAAGGAUUUGCAAUUUGUGUAUCACUGCCUUAUUUUGAAUCCUUUGGCACAUACUCCAUCAAGCUACCAUUUCCAUUCACCUUCUCAAUCUAUUUCCCCUAUGUUCUGAAAAUGUACCUGCUAGUGCUCUUUGCAGGUAUGUGCUUUAUCAUCCGGAACCUCUUCUCUGAGAGAAUGGCACACCUAGGGACAGGCAACAUCAAAAACAAAAGAAGCUAAGUUAAUAUUUUGUUUGGAAGGACAAAAUACGUUUCUAGGGGAUUGCUGCACAUCAUAGUUAAAAACAAACUGGAAAGAUUUCUCAAUGCAAAACUCCUCUUUGCUUGAACUUUAUCUGGCUGUGCAGAAUUUUCAGAAAAGGCAGAUCUCUUGAAUGCACCUCAAAAAUACAGCAGCUUUUGAAAACUUUUGAAUGUUUUGACUUCAAGUGACCAGAGUUUUUUUAAUUAAUGGGUUUUUUUCUAAUAGAUAUUACAGAAUUCUGAAAAAAUUGAAGCAUGCCACAACUCACAGCCACACCCUUAUUUCAGUGUUAGUUCUUAUCUAUAGCUACAGAUAUUCUGUAAUGACAAUAUCAUUUAUUCUGUAAUGACAAUAUCAUUUAAUCUGUAAGAUUGCUUUAUACUAGGCCAGCCUGUAUAUACCUCACAUAUGAAUGAUAAAUUGGCUGGAACUGGAAUCUCUCAAGGAGUAGAAGUCAGAACCUUUGCAACUUAGAGACUAACAUGCUGAUUAACCCAGGCGUUCACUAAGGAUUCUUCACAUUCUGGUCCCAUCCUUCAGUUAUCAAAAGACGGUUCCAGAAAAUGCAGCUAAAUCAGAAAGGCAAGUGUUAAGGUACUUAUCUACUGUAUAUUCAAGGGGAUGUUUAAGAGUCAGAAAUAAACAUUUGUAAUCAUGUGUUUGGCAUGUCACUUUCUUCCCCCACAAUGAUUUUCUUCCAUGCUGAACAGCAGACAGAUAUGUGCAAAAGAAGGGUGAUGUAGUCAGGUCAAAUAAUAUGUUGUUCCUAAAAGGGAACUGAAUGACUGUCAAAAGCCAUGUGCAAAAUUCUAGGCAUUUUACUCAAUUGUAUUGCUCCUCAUACUUCUCUAGGAUAAACUGUGAGAGUGCAACUAGAACAUAGGCUUUUCAAAGGUUGUCAGUGAGGAAUAUACACAGCAACCCAGUGGAUUAUACAGGCAAGAAUAGCCAAAUAAUUCCUUAAAGACUGGCAGGAGCUUUUCUGAUGUUUCAUCUGUAUUGAUUAUCACUUACAUUUUAAUUCAAGCAUGUUAGGGAAAAAAGGGGUUUUUUUUUUUUUGAGGCUAUUUUUUUAGCUGACUGAAAACUGUGGGAAGGGAGCCUAGUUAAUAGGAGUAGGAGAAAAAGUAAUAUUUAAAGAGAAACUAAAUACUGUUAAAAGAUGAAGAGGCUUUUGCCUGUAUGACUUCUCCAACCAUGCAGCCUAAGAGGCUCUGUAAGGAAACAGAGAAGGUAAAUUAAUUUGUUACGAAAGGUCACCUGCUAUAAUUUCUAUUUAUUUAAUACAUGUGGCAGACAAUGCCUGCAGACUAUUUUCACCACCACAUAUUUACAGACCAUAAGGAACAAGAUCAUGCUUAGAAUAGUAUAGUGUCAGCCCUGGAUUAGUUUUUUUCAAACCACUGCAAACAGAAAUGGAACUUAGUAGAGAAACAGGAGUCUUUUUACUUUGGGCUUCUGUCUGACCCAAACUGAUUCAAGUGUGAACAGUGUUAAGAAACAUAUAGAGCAGCUGAGUAAGAUGACAAUUUUGAAGACAGCCAGAGUAAGUCCAUAUUAAACCACUAUAUAGCUUGCUAAAGUUGAACAUGAACAUUUUUUCCUUGGAAAUUCAAUCCAACAUGCCAGAAACAGCUGGUUUCAGCCAGUUCUAAAAUUGAGCCACUGCAGUACACUGCUGUGCCAAACAGCAAGGAUGACGGCAUGGCAUCUCUCUGAAAACUUAAGAAAAUGUAAGAAAUGUCACACAGCAGCUGCCAGAAAGAAAAGUAAAAAAAAGGUAAGAGAAACAGCUCUGUACAUUGACACCAAGGUCAGUGGAGAAGUAGAGGAAGAACUACUCUAGGCACGGCAGCAGAUUCCUCUGUAGGCCAUGAAGAAGGCCAUGGUGGACCAGGUUGUCCCUCUGCAACCCAUGGAGAAACGCACAAGAAGGAUAUCCACACGGCAGCCUGUGGAGGACCCCAGGCUGGGGCAGGUGGCUGUGCCCUGAGGGAAGCUGCAGCCCAUGGAGAGCCCACACAAGCAAAGAAGGAAGUGUGGCCCAUUAAGUACCCCUGCUGAGGUAGUCUUUUUCUAGUGGACUGUACCCCAUGGAAAGGACCUAUGCUAGAGCAGUGCUUGAAGAGCUGCAGCUUGUGAGAAGAAACCAUGAAGGACUGUGCCCCAUGGGAAGGACCCCAUGCUGUAUCAGAGCAACAGUGAGAAGACAAACAAGCAGCAGAGAUUAAGAUUUAUUACCUAAAUGCAAUCCCCACAACCACCUUAUACUGCCUGCGGAGGGAGUAGGUAGAAAAUGCAGGAAUGAAGGAGUAAAGUGAACCUAGGAAGAAGGGAGGCAUGGGGGGAGGUGAUUUUAAUUUUGCCUUUUUUUCUUUCCAUCCUACUCUAUUUUUAAUUGGCAAUAAAUUUUUCUUCCACAAGUUGAAUCUGUUUUUGUGACAGUGAAUAGUAAAUGGUCACUGUGUCUUUAUCUUGACCCAUGAACUUUCUCAUCCUAUUUUCUCCCUGUCCUGUUGAGGAGGAGGAGGGAGAUUGAAUGUUCUUCCCUGUUGAGGAGAUGGGGCUGAAUGGACAUCUGGAAGCCAGCUGAGGUCAAACCUAUCACAGAUAAAACCAUGUUUAUUGCUUUAUGUUAAAAAAGUUGUGUCUUGAGUCUUACAGCUGGGUAAAAGGCUGGAAUAGGAAAAGGAUUCUUUAAAAUUCACUAUGGAGAGGUCUCCCCAGUGUAAACCUCAUGAAAAAGGCAUGGAGCUCAUGACAGAAGACUUCCCCACCUCCUUUUGGUACAGAGGUAACUUGGGGCAGGCAGUUAAGAGACUGAGGCAGUCAGCCUUCCAUGUGUGACCACAAAAGACCACUGUAACUUCAGCUCCAAUGCCUCAUCUAAGUUCCUGGAAAAGCUAAGAACUGGGCAGGCAAAAAGAUGUUUGAGACAAUGGCUUUUAUGACAAUGAGUUGUACUUCAGUGAUUGUAGCCUCUUAGGAAGGGAUGGGAUCCACCUGUCUAAAAAGGGUAUGAGAAACUCUUGCAGCAGACUGGCGAGUUUGGUGAGAUGGGCUUUAAACUGUACGACUUGGCUGAGGUCCAAAGUGGCAAUUCUCAUGCCAUUGCUUCUUCCUGGGUAGUGGGCCAUGCCAACCAGAGUAAGCUUGGCUGCCUGAAGAUGAGAGUCUUAGGGCUAACCACAUCGAGAGUGUAUAUGGCUAUGGGGAAUCCUCUUACACUCCUCCUAGGAAACCUGGAUGCUCAACUGCCUCCCUGAGCUGCCUGUACACAAACGCACAGAGCACAGGGAAUAAACAAGAAAAACAGCAAUCUAUGUGUGGUCACAGAGUCAUGCUCUCACUGCAAUUUCGGAGACAUGGUGGGAUAGCUCACCACUGGAAUGUUGUCAUGGAUUCCUCUGUACGUUUUAGAAAGGACAGGUCAGCGAGGUGAGGUGGUGGAGCUGGUCUUUAUGUGAAAGAGCAUCAAGCUCUGCCCAGGGACAGACAAGGAGUUGAGAGCUUAUGGGUAAAAAUUAAGGGACAGCCUAAAAUGUGUGACACUGUUAUGGGUGUUUACUACAGGCCACCUGACUUGGACAAGGAAGUUGAUGAGGCCUUCUAUGGGCAACUGGAGAUGGGCCUUGAGAUCAUGGGCCCUGGUCCUCCUCUGAGAAUUCAACAAUCCUGAUAACUGUUGGAGGCACAAUGUGGCUCAGCACACAGUCCAGGAAGUUCCUGCAGAUACUGAAAGAGAACUUAUUAAUGCAAGUGGUGGAGGAGCCAAUGAGGAGAAGUGUGUUGCCCUCAAGAGGACCUUUCCCACUCCAAUAAUUCUGUGAUUCUCUGAACUUAAAUCUUUGUACCUUGAGAUACCAGCACUCCCAGAUCUCUUUAUAUAGGGCUGUUGUCCAGUGACUCCUCUACCCAUUUAGACUUGUAUCAGGAACCUUAUACCUGUACCAGACACAGAAUCCACCAUUUUAACUUGUUAAAUUUCAUGCCAAUAAUCAUAGUCAAAUCCUCAACUAUCCACCUCUUUCUGCAAGGUCUCUUGUCCCUCAAAAGUGAACAGCAACUUUCAAGUUUAGUAUUACCAGCGAACGUUGUGCAUUCAACUCCUGCCUCCAUGGAUAAAUACUUUGAACUGAACUGGCCCUAGAUUUGAAACCUGAGGAACACUGCAGAUGACUGUCAGCUCCCUGCACUACAACUCUUUGUAGUACCCCCUUCUGCCAGUUCUUUAACCAGCGCACCAUGAACCCACUCAUCUCACCACUGAACAGCUUGUUCAGACAGAUAUUUUAAGGGACAGUAUCAAAAGCUUCACUAGGUGGGUGGCUCUGUCAUAGAAGAGUACCAUAGAAGAGUAACAUAGGUGAGUUACUCAGGGCUUUCCCUUCGCAAACUCAUGUUGACUGUGCUUGAUGGUUGUAUUGUUCUUUAAAUGCCUUUCAGUAGUAUCCAGUGAUACUAUUGAUCUUGGUAAAUUUUCCCUGGUAAUGAAGUUAACACGUCUGCAGUUGUCUGUGUCUUUUCUUGCACCCUUCUGGUAAACUGGAUUAAUGUUGGCCAGCUUCUGAUCAGCAGGGAUCCCCCCAGACUCCCAAGAGAUAGCUCCUCCAGUGCUCUGGGAUGAAUCCCAUCAGGCUGCACGGACUUACAAAGAUGAAAUUGAUAAACCUGCUCAUUUACAGUUUCAGUGUCCAGAAAUGGAACGUCACUGCUACUUUUUGUUCUCUAACUGAGAGGACAGGUCAGACCAAUAGGUAUCAACGUUAUUGACUGGUGCAAAAGCAUUAUAAUGCCUCUGCCUUUUCCUCAUCAUUUUUUCAGGUUGACUACCUUCAUUAAGAAUUGGUUGAGUAUUUUCCUUAGAUCUCCUCUUGCUCUAAACGUACACAGAAUUUCUUUUCAGAUUUUCUUUUUUUUUUUAAUCUGACCCAACACUGGCCAGUUUCAACUCUGAGCUUUGGACUUUUGUGUUUUCUCCCUACACAUGGGAACCACAGCUCUGAAAUCAUCCUGUGAGGCCUGACCUCUCUUACAGAGAUCAUUCUUUUCUUUAUGAGUUCCAAGAGGAGUUCCCUGUUCAGCCAAGCUCCUCUUCUGCCCUUCUUGCUUGACUUUUGGCAUAGUGCACUGUGCUUCCUCCUGUGCUUCUAAAAGGUUGCUCUUAAAAAUGGACCAGCACUCAUGGAUCUCUAAGCCCUGAAAAUCAGAUUCCCAGAGGACUGCUAACUAGCUUCCUGAGCAGCUUAAGGUUUUCUAUUCUGAAAUCUAGGAUAGCAACUCUAACUUGCAUCUCAUUUACACCAAAAAAUUUAAACUCCUCAUUUAAACUCCAGAUUACUGUGGCCAAAACAGCCAUCUAAAAAUCCUAUCUUCUCCUUCCCUAUUCAAAAGCAGCAAGUUGGGGAUGGGGAGGGGCAGGGGGAGAGUUGGGGGGACAUCUUUGCUAGUUGUCUCAAUGAAUACUUGUGGCAAGAAAUUAUCUUCAACAUACUUCUAGAAUUUCUGAGACUUCCUUGUCACAGUUGCCUGGCAUUUCCAGUUGAUGUCCAGGAAACUGAAAUUUUCCAUAAGAACAAGGGCUACUGGUCCAGAGAUUUCUCCCCAUUGCCCAUAGAUUAAAUAAUCACUGCUAGCAUUGUGACUGAGUGAACAGCAGUAGACAUCUACAGUGACAUCUGCUUUGUUUUCCAUCUCCCUAAUUCUCACUCAGGGGCUUUCAACCACAUUAUUCCUAUCUGCAAGGAAUGACAGUAAAAACUGUGCCUUUCAAUGCAACUCCUUUGCCUUGCCUGCCUUGCCUAUUCCCUCCUACAGCCCUGCAGCCUAUAGCUCUGCAUGCCAGCACUCCAUGGAACUCAUUCUAUCAAGUUUUACUACUCCCAAUCUCAUACCUUUGUGAGCUGACAAACAGCCAACAUCCAACAUAAAUCUCCCCUGACACAACUUCAGGCCAUUCCCUCAGGUCCUGUCACUGGUCACCACAGAGAAGAGCUCAGUACCUGCCCCUCCUCUUCCCCUCACAAGGAAGUUGUAAUGGCAGUGAGGGCUCUCUGUCUCCUCUUCUCCAGGGCGAACAGACCAAGUGACCAAGAAGUCAGAGGAGAAUUUCUUGAACAGAGGAAACGUUAUCAGUCCUGAAAAUAAGAUAAUUCCUCUAGAUGUAUGGAAAUAUAAUUUCCUGAUCAAAAAUCAACAAUGCUCUUACCAGUACUGUUUUGAAAGAUAUGAGGGCACAGUGCCCAAUUAUAUUCAGUUAAUUUUUGUCUACUUCAGCAAGGAGGAUGGCUAAAUAUAAAAUCUCUUUAAAUACCUGUCUUGGCAAGAUUGCAAAGUGAAAAAGUCUCUAUUCCUUCAGAAAGAAAAAAGUAAUAAAUAAGUAGUAGGGGCUAAUCUACUUAAGAUGAUAAAUAUGGAAAGGAGUUGCUAUAUUGUCCCUUUUCCCUAGAGGCAGAGGAAAAACUCUCAUUAUGUGCAGAGAAGUGUCAAGGAGACAAGAACAGUUACAAGUGGAAAGAAAAUGGCAACUGUCCUGGAGCUGCCGAUACAACAGCCAUCAGGAUCAUCAACUCAUUUCUUUAUAAAGCAAUCUUUAUAAAGCCACUACAAACUUGACAUGCAUACCACCCCUCUUCAGAAAGCCUGCUCACACUAUAUAGUC